UCCUCACCUGAAACGCCCCCUCGCUUCUAUACUUCCAGCUUUGAACCUUUCCUCCUUUCUUUUAUUACUUAAUCAUCAGAUUUCUUCUAAAAAAGAGCAGACAGUCAUCAUCGUUUCUCGAAUUCGUUUAUUUUAUUAGUAAAUUUUGUGGAAGAAAAGUUGUCAGAUUGAUCGUUUCAAAGGGCAUGGCCGGCAGAAAAAAAAUGACACCAAACCCUUACCCCUACGCUAUUUCCGAGACACCGUAGAAGAAGAGGAGCUGAAGCAAUCGGAGAUGAGCGGCGGUGUAGCACAGAAGGUGAAUUUGGAGGAAGAGCAGCUUACAGAGCUCCGGGAGAUCUUCCGAUCCUUUGAUCGGAACAACGAUGGCAGCCUAACGCUGCCGGAGCUGGGCUCUCUCCUUCUAGCUCUCGGCUUCAAACCGAGUUCAGAACAGCUCAAGGAGCUCAUUCUGAAGGCCGAUACUAACAACAAUGGACUCGUGGAAUUCUCCCAAUUCGUGGAGCUGGUGGCGCCGGACCUUGUUCGGACCAAAUCGCCGUACUCCGAGGACCAGCUCCGGAAGCUUUUCAGGUUUUUCGAUAGGGACGGCAACGGGUUGAUCACUGCGGCCGAGCUCGCUCACUCCAUGGCGAAGUUAGGCCACGCUCUUACGGCCAAGGAACUCACCGGGAUGAUCAAGGAGGCCGAUAAGGACGGAGAUGGCAAGAUCAACUUCCAGGAGUUCUCGCAUGCAAUUACUUCUGCUGCUUCUGAUAAUAAUUAUUGGCUUACUUCAAUUUGCGCGUUUCUGGUUCAGUUUGAGGUUGAUUCAUUUGGGUUUUUUCGUGAAAUAGGAUUAAAUCUGGUUGAAUUGAAUGAAUGA